AUGCACAACGAAAGGAUACACGAUGCGGCCACGUCAAAUGUAUUGGCGUGGUCGCGCCAAAGCGUACACACGCAGCAUGACCCUGAUGAAGAGGUGUCGGCUGAAGCCGACGAGCCUCCGGACGAUAGUACUUUCCGGAGAACUGUUGUACGGAAGUAUUCGGAUCGUCCCACUCCGUCCCUUUUGACUCGGGCUUUACAUCACCAGUCCGACGAAGAAGAGGAGGUUCUGGAUUUCAUAAGUCUUCCGUUGAGGCGCCGCUCGAUGAACAGCAACGUCAGCUUUGCUUCUACGACGGAUCUUACCUGUGAUACAGGCCUCACAAGUCCAGCUAGGACGAGCACGCCAAGCCCUCCGCCUCCUGUGAUCCGGCUUGGCAAGUUGAACGUGGGUCUCUUCAACUCCAGGCCCAAGCCGGUCAACGGAUCAACAAUUGUUGUUGACCACGAUACAACUCCAACUAAGAAGGUCAUUGAGGCGCCUGCUGCAAACCGAACAAAGGACCCUGCCGUUGAGGCGCUUGCUAAGAAGCGCUGCAUUUCUUUCGCCUGUGGACCGAAACCCGAGGCAAAGAAACCUGCAGUUUCACCCCAGGCAAGCUUGCCCAAGCUAGCCGUUGACUCCGGAAACCCACCUCCACGCAAAACCUGCAUCCAGUUCGCUUGUCCCUCGAAACCAGCCCGUGACGAAAAGGUGAACAAGGACGCAGAAAGCACCAGUCGAGAGGGCUCUCCAGCGACAAUCAGGAAGCACAGAUCUCCCUCGAUUGGCCGCUCACCUAGGUCAUUGACACCCAGGCGCCGACCGUCUAAAAGUCCAGCAGCAGGCAGGUGCAAAAAGUACCUAUCGGCUGAUACCGUUGACCUCAGGGGAGAAUCAUCGCGAUUCCAUGAAUUCGCUAGUGAUGAACCACAAGAGGAUGACUGGAUUCGUCAGCAGCUUCCAGUAGCUACACAACGACUGACUAUAAACGAUACUCUGCGAAAAGAGAAUGAAAUUCGUAAGUUGGGUCGUGAGGCUGAGGAAGAAGCUCUACAAGAAGAGUUUGAGGACGACGAGGUCAUUCAAGACGAUGAGGAGAACCAAGACGACGAGGAUGUCGAGGAGGAUGAAAUUGAUGAUGUUGAGGACGAUGAAUCAGGUUACGGUUCUGAUGAUGAUUUCUCGGAUGGCUACAACACGGACAAUGAGGGUGGCUUUGCCGACUCCGAUGGUGAUGACGAUGCCGACGAACUCGAUCUGUGGACGCACGGACAUGCUGCUAUGCUUCAAAUAUCUGGUGCCACGCCCAUUGCGCGUCGCCCUUCCCUGGCGGGUGACCGAUCUGAAUCCUCGUCCUCAGAAGCGCCUGCUCCGAGAAGACGCAGUACUGGCGAGAAGACGCGUCGUAUCAAGAUUCGACCUGGAACCCCAGAGUUGCCUGAUAGCACUGACUUCGUCUGCGGUACCCUUGAUGAGGAUCGUCCCUUGGAGGACGCCUACCUGUCCUGCAUCGCCCAAAAGCGGCGCGAGAAGAUGCAUCUUAUUCCUCAGGAUAUUGAUCCUAGUUUUCCAACAUCCGAGCCUGAAGACGAGGAAGACGACGCCGUCCGUGAGAGCGAUGAGCACGUGAUGAUCCACGGCGAAUUGGAGGAUCUACACCACGAGGACCGCGCCGACCGCCGAAGAAAGAGGAGCAACAAUAACUCACCAAAGCGCUUCCACUCACCUCCACCGAAGCGCCAUCACUCUCCGGCGCCGAAGGCUCGUGGAAGAUCACCACCACCCCGAAGAUUGUUCGAUCGCCAUUCUCCUAGACGCCUUGUGUCACCUCCCCCUCCGGGACGGGUGAUCAAGUCCCCUCCUGCCUCCCUUACGCAAGCCGUCGUUCGCAGAGCCGUCGCUUUCCAGACGCUGGCUGGCAAGCCUGAGAUCACGCAUACCAAGUCGCUACCAAGACCUCUGGCCUUGUUUCCCAACAGGUAUAAGGGCCAGCGUUCAAGGCUUGCAGCCUACACCGGCGCUCAAGGCCAUGUCCGUGGUGCCAUCGACAUCGUCAAAGGCCUUGAGCACAAACGCCAGAGGCGUCGGGAGAAAUACAUUCAGAAGCAUUGCAACCGAGCCCGCAAGGGCCAGGCUGCCGGCAAGAGGCCAGAGCCUGGCAAAGGUGCGCAAAGAAUGCGUGAACUGGGUUUGCACAUCGCUGGCAAGCCAACCAUCCAUGUCCUCUCAAUUUGA